UGUCUGGAUGGUCGCGGCUCGAGCCGUAGAAACGGCGGCAGCUCGCGGGGGAAUGGGACCGAUUCGGCGGCGGCGGCCGAGCCGCAGUCGCAGCCACAGUCGCAGUCGCAGCCGCAGGCAUCGCGCGGAACCAGCUCGACUCAUCGCCACAAUGGCACCGAGAACUCGCGCGACACCGAUUUGCUGUCGCACGCGGCCUCGGCAUUGCGAAGGCUGCACUUCAAAUCGGCUGGCGGCAGUCGGAGUUGUCGCACCGUGCCGAAGGUCGUGGUCAUGGGAUCGAGCACCGCCUCCGAAACCACGAUCAACACCAGCACGGACAGCGCCAACACGAUGCUCACCAUGGUGACGACCACGGACGGAGAGCAGCCAGACGACAGUUUCGACCUGGUGGACAUCCCCUCGGAGAUGUCACCGCCUGCUCCACUGUCGGCAGCUCCGCCGCCCGAGCCAGCUCCACCGCCACCGCCACCGCCUCCACCACCGCCCCCGCCACCCUCGCCGCCCAUCGCCGAUUACACGACCGCGAACGAGAAGGGUGCCAAAACGAGCCCGUUAACAUCCACCACCGUGCGAACGGAGAUCACUGCCCGUCUCGAUGUCCGGGCGUCGAGUACCUCGAACCUCCUCGACGAGACCGACGCUCCAUCGGUCGAUGCCACGAUGCUCACUGCCACUGGUCCCACCUGCGAGACCAGGGUGUCCGUUUCUGGCAGGACUCCCCCUCUACCGGACCUACGAGCCUCCGACUUUUUUAGUACACCGGUGAGGGGUUCGGUGGACGCUGGUCAGCCAGAUCCGGACCACCUGAACUCGAUGCUGUCGCUGAUAGCCGAUAAGGCCCAGGACAGCAACAGUCGGCAGUGCAACGCGUCGUCCAGCGAGGGCAAGCACGGGCAGAAGAGGCCAAACGUGAACGUCACGACGAAUCCGUUGGACAUAUCGUUGAUAGGAGCGUGCGCAAGCAACGAGCGAUCGUCCGAUGGUCCAGGUAGGACCGGCGGUAGCAAGCUUCGAGGAAGAGCAGCCGCCGAAUCUCAUCCCCUCGUUUCGACCAUUCAUUCAUGGGUCAGGCUCUUUUUCCCGUUUUGCGCAAUAGGUGGCAACGCGACUGGGAACAAGAGAUCCACGCAAGCAGCGACGAUCGUGGUCCAACAACCGUCCCUCUCGUUGGACGGAUCGGCUGGGGCCGCGACGAUACUCUUGCAUCCUGAGGUGGACGUCAGACGACGAGAGGAGAACAUGAGACAGUUACUGGACGUCGCGAACACGCUCACGUUACAGGAGAUACACGACUUCGAGAUGAGAUACGGUAGUCCGCAUCACAGCAGAUCGCAGUCGGUUAAGACGCCCGGCAGUCGUUCGUCGGGCAGACCAAAUUACCUGUGUCUUCCGCAACAGAGAUCGCGAGUGGCGAGUAUGCCGAACACCGGCGUCGAGGAGGAGUACUACAGGCUCCGACACUUCAGCAUAACCGGCAAGGGGGUGGUGAACCGAGGGGACUCCCUGAAGAGCCGGAGAUCGCGGUCGAACAACAGCGUCGCGUCGAGCAACUCGAGCACGGAACACCUCACGGCUUCCUAUCCUGGCUCGGCGAGGAACUCGGCAGCUGGCUCGUUGGCGAGCUCACGCGAGAGCAGCGCGUCUCAGGGAUCAACGCCGUAUCGUGUUCUCAUGCUGGGAGCACCCGCCGUGGGCAAGAGCUCGCUGGUCUCGCAGUUCAUGACCUCGGAGUACCUGCACGCUUACGACACUUCGAUCGACGACGACUCCGGGGAGAAGACUGUCAGCGUGCUCUUGGCCGGAGAAGAAUCCGAACUGACCUUUAUCGAUCAUUCCUGCGCCGAGAUGACGCCAGAAACUUGCAUAGCGACGUACGAACCGCACGCGUACUGUGUCGUCUACUCGACGACCGAUCGAACGUCGGUAUGUGUAGCCGAAGAGGUUCUGCAAACUCUUUGGUGCAGCGAUCACGUAUCGGCUCGAGCGGUAAUCCUUGUUGGAAACAAAGUCGACCUCGUUCGCAGUCGAUUGGUUUCGACCGCAGAGGGAAAGUGUAUGGCUACAUCCUACGACUGCAAGUUCAUCGAGACGUCCGUUGGGUUCAAUCACAACGUCGACGAGCUUCUGGUAGGCUUGCUCACGCAGAUACGCUUGAAGCUCGAGAAUCCUGAGAGAACGAGGGACCUCUUUCGGAAGAGGUCGCGAAAGAAUCGUAGCAAAUCGCCGUUAGGAUCGUGCUCUGAGAAUAAUUCGCCGAAAAAGUAUCGCGGUAGCCGUACGAGUACAAGUCUGAAGGUACGAAAUUUAUUGGGUAAGGUGUGGGCGAGGGACAGCAAGUCCAAGAGUUGCGAGAAUUUACACGUUCUAUAAAAAUCGUCCGUCUUCGCAUCCAUUCUCUAUGCUUUCAACCCUUUCUACCUGAUCAUCAUUACCUAUUUGGAUUCUAUUCGUUUCAGAAAGUAGUCGUAUUAAACUAGGGUUGGCUAGGAAAGAACAAUUUGUCCCAUGAUGUUCAUUUUCUUUAACGUAUGUUCCUGUGAGUCUCAGUUGUAAGUUGGCCACCAGAUACAUUUACUGGGACGUAUACGUCCCAGUAGGGUCGAAAGGGUUAUACCUUGCCUUCCACCCUCUUGCUGUAAACACAUCUUCCCCUCCUCUCUUGUGUCGUUUUCUCGUCUGUCGCCACCUCGUUCGCGUGUGCUCGUUUCUGUUCGCAAUUUUCGCCACCUCGCUUCGUUUUGUUGGUCCGUUCGGUCGCGUGAACGACUACUUUGGAUUUCACAUCGCAGAAGCAUUAGGGGCGCAAACACGGUAUUGUCACGUCAUGAGAACGCACGAAACCUCCGACCCAUGAAAUCACUUACUUGCGCCGGAGAUUUAUGAACGAAUGCGCUUAGUUACGCGACUCGUUCAAAGUUAAAGCUAAUAAUAGAACUGAGAACGUUACUUUACUAUUUAUAUUAUUAAAUUAUUUAGAUUAAUUCAGAGUUAAGCUCCUUUCACUGAUUUAAUUUAAACACUCUCGCACUGAAAAUGGUCAAGUGAACAGAAUUUAAAAAAUGUAAUUUUGUGUUAGCUGUGCAUUGCGAAUUAUUUGAUUUGAGACGAACAGGGUUACAAGAGGAGUACAAAAGUACUUUGUAUUACUUUCUUUUUUUUUAAGUAAAAUUGACGUAUUGACGAUUACUACGUGUGCUCACGUGACGUGCCAACAAUAUUUCCUUCUUUAUCUUCUCCUUCACCGAAUCACCAACCAUACUACUUUGUCGAUACCUUUUUGUCGCGAUUACCCCCGUCACCAUAGCACCGUUCCCCCAUUCUGAUGAUAAACAAGGAACGCGAUUAAACUCUUCGUUAGUCAGAACAAGCAUAUUUUUAUUUCAAAGCCUUCGAUCGUGGUAUUUUGGUCCCCUUCGGCCCCAAUCAAAAUAUAAUCUAAGACAAGAUACCGAGAAGAGCUACUUUUGCUCAUUGGCAAUUUAAUAAAAACAUUGAAAUGUAAGGCAACAAUUCUCUCCCGUUGAUAUCUUAAGAAGAAUUCCACAAAUAUGCAAGAUAUAUUUAAUUCCAGAAGACCAAUCGUUUAUUGCUAUUCCAAUAUUCUUAUUUACCACCGAAGGAGACCAAGAACACCACGACGCGUGUUUAAAAAUAAAUUCACGCCUGUCCAGACCGACGAAAGGGGAUCUACUUCGACACACAAGCAAUUAUUCGAGUAAUAUUUUAAAUAACGCGACUUCGUAUCGUUUCGUAACGACGACGACCAAAACAAAAACGGCUUAAAUAACCGAAAGGAUGGAAGGAAACAGACCAGCGGAAACGGAUCCGCUGUUGAAAAAACGCGGCAAGCGUUUUCCCAGGCGCCCAAAACGUUUUUACGCACUCUAUAAUCGCGCACUCGAUGAUACAUCUCACCUUUCGCUUUUUAUUCAUCGACCGGAAGCGCGGCGAAUAUAGAGAGAGAUUGCUGAAAUACAUGGAGUGCAAAACGACGCGCGUGGAUCGUUAACGAUCGAUACGGUACCCGUAAAUAUCCGAACGAGCACAAGUAUAUGCAUACGCACACGUUUGCAGAUACGUAGAUCGAUUAUGCACGUAUAUACAUGUAUAAUACUAAACUAAAUUGCACACACUCGAAUGCACGUAAACGCGACACGCCCGCUCGCACUUAUGCACGCAUGCACACUGUACACGCACGCGAGUCGAUUUCAAUUUUCCGAUAGCAGGAUGUUUCGCGAUACCAGACAUUCUCGUCGUUGUACGCAUAUAACUGCGCACGUCUCGUACACGUUUCGACGUUCUUUUCUAUUUAACGUAAGAGAAUUUACGCGAGAGCAGGCAAGAAACCGGUGCAUAGUUAAAUACGCGCGCCGAGAGAAUGCGUUUUAUUUUUGUGGACAAAUCUUCUGAAGACAUCCACGACCUUUUGGAGAAGCGUAAUUAAUACUUCCUUAACCGUUUUUAAAAAUCAAACUGAAAUGUGACCGCCCCCAUUUGAUUUUUAUCAGGACACGAGACUCUUCCAAGCAAUAUAUAUUAUACAUUUGUAAAUUUUACAGAACGUUUAUAAAUCUUUUCUAAAGUUACGAAUUGUUUAUAGACGUACAAACUUUUUGUAUUUUUAUACAUCGUUGAAGUUUACAAAUUUGUUGGACAUCCAUGAAUUUUGUCGUGAAAUUAUAAACCUGUUAUACACCCACGAAUUUGUUGCAACAUGGAUCCCCUUAGCAAUAAAUUUAUAAACCCACGGACUCGUUAUACAACCAGAAUCUUGUUAUAAAUUUGUUAUAUAUGCCCAUAAAUUUGUUGUAAACUUAUAAAUUUGUUAUAAAUCCACAUAUAUAUGUAUAUAAAUAUAUUCUACAAAUUCGUUGUGAAUUUAUAAACUUUACAAGUGUUUUGUAAGUUUAUCGACUCGAUACUCGGUAACUUUCUAAUUUUUCAUAAUUAAGAAAUAAAAGUUUUACGAAGCUCUGCGAUAGUACUAAUAUAGAAUUAUUAAGUCAUGCGAAUGCGGACGCUAUUGGAACUUAGAUCAGGUCCUCGGCAGUUUUUAACAUGAUCGCUGCAACAACCCACGGUCGUCGCUUAAUGCAUUCUCUCGGCGCACUUAAUGUAUUUACGUUCCAUGAGACGAUGAAGUGAAUCUAAUCAGAAUCACGUGAUUGCACAUCUUGAAAGCAGGAAGCUAUUCCCCAAUUGCGUAUAAACAACAAAUUUAAAACAAAUAUUUAUUCCUAAAAAGCAAUCGUGUUUCCAACACAAAACGAACUGCGAACUUUAUGCAUUUAUGAUAUAAACUAAUAUAACAAACACAUACUAAACGUAACCAAAAAGUAUGCGCACCAACGUAAAGUGAAAUAACAAUGUUAUUAUAGUGACUGUAUAAAUUAUGUAUACUUCAUGCAUGUUUUCUAUACUAUUGUACGUCAUAAAUGCACAAAAUUCGCAGUCCAGCCAUUACUCUGUUAAUUUCGAUUUAUUCUUAACCAGCAAGAAUGGUUUCACGUGGUGCAUUAUUCAUUCGAAUAAUGAACUAUCGGCGAUCUAUAUAUUGAUUUUACCAUUGCGUCCGGUCGGAGGUCGACACAGCGGACCAACGAAAAAUUCUGGUCACGCGUCAAUCACGUGGCUCUGUUUACAUUCAACCUCCGCUUCUCGUGGAACUUGUUAUGGAAUUGAAACGUCGCGCGCAGAAAAGCGUAUUUUAAACGGAUGGAUCGCUUAAGCGCGCGUUCGCACCGCAAAAGGUUACGCCCUUGCCUCGGUGGUAUACAGAGAAGUGAAACGAAAUAAAAAAGAAAAAGAAAAAAAAACAGAAAUUAAAGAGAAGGAAGCUUAACGAGGUCUUUUCUUCCCCCCGGAUCGUAUUUGGUACCAAACGUUGAAACUAGAGAGAGAAAAGACCGUAGCGCUCUUCGUCACACUUUCCUCUCAAGCCUAUCUCGAACUUUUAACCCUCCAACUAACCCUCUUCACCUUCCGUUCUACGAAUAUACGAGUCACUCAAUGUCCUCCUUUUCUCAUUGUACGCUCGAUGUAUUGCUGUCCUAUUGUGCAAUGUAAAUGCAAAUUAAAUAAAUUAAAUAAGCGAUCUAUGUUCUUCAGAGUUGUAUAGACGGCGCGUAGAUAAAGGUAGCUAUUUUCUGGUUACCAUCGAAUUUUAUUGCACGUUAGACAAAGAGUGGAUGAAUCUAGUGAAUUACGUAUUAAAUUGGCGUGAGAGACCUCGUGCAGGAAUAUACUUGGAUAAAUUGAGUAUUUAUUCGUAAUGAAUGAAAUAGGUAGCGAUAUUUCAACGGUGUCGAGCACGUACUGUCGAUGGAGAAUUAAUUGCGAGUGGAAGUUCUUGCAUUCUUGAAUUUUAUUUUUAUUAAUAGAAUAAACGCAGAUUGGAGACAUAAAUCUAUGUAUCCACACGAUAAAUUCCUGCCCGAGAUUUCGAAUGAGCAUAACGCUCUCCGGUUAUGGCGUAUUCCGGAAGGCUGUUCCGUAAAGACGUUCUUUAAUUGUUCUGGUGAUUCUACUUUAUUAACCACUGGGUGGGCGAAACUUAUUGCAAACUGUGGCAAUCUUCUAGAACGCCAUCAUUGCGACGAACCUAACGAUUAACUCGUUAAACAAAUGUAUUUAGACGCUCCUCGUACAAUGGGAUCCAUAAAAGAUAUCACUACCGACGAACGAUCUUCACCACAGUGUCACACGUGCGCAAGACAGAUGCGCAGGAGACAUUUGCCGUCCACUUGCUACUCGAACACUGAACUAUACAGUAGAAUCUUGUUUAUACGAACCAGUGAUGGGCAAAACCCUAGAUUUCGAAUAAAUCUGAAGUUUACCGAUAUGUUUGUCUCGUUUCCUCUUUUGAACAUUUUCCAAAGAAGGAAACGUAGAGAAUCACACCACAUCGGCAAACUUCACAUUUAAUCGAAGCCUAGCGUUUUGCCCAUCUCUGAUACGAACAAAAUCAUGCUCAGUCUCGGAUAUACGAACUCGUAGCUGAGCUUAGUACCCUAGUCCUUCGUACCUAAGUUUAGUAAUCUCAAGCCACCCUUAACUGAGCCUAGUACGUGAGUCUACACCCCUUGUAGCUGAGCCUAGUAUUUUCUAGCCACUCGUAGCUGAGCUCAGUGCCUCAGUGCUCUAACCUCCCGUAACUGAAUCCUAUACCCUCUUUCGAACAUUUUCCAAAGAAGGAAACGAGACAAAUACAUCGGCAAACUUCAGAUUUAUUCGAAGUCUAGGGUUUUGCCCAUCUUUGCUCUAGACUCCUUGUAGCUGAGCCUAGUAUCCUUGAGUACCCUGUAACUGAGUCCAGUACCUUCUAUUCCCGCCACAGCUAACACCCCAGACUGCUAUUUCCUGCGCAUCUACCUUGCGCACACCUGACGCUAGUGCAUUGCCACCUGUUGAAACUUUUGUGCAUCCCAUUGCACACGUAAACGAGCGACCAAUUUAACUACGUAGUCGUUAAGGAUUGCACCCGUCUACGAAGAGUCGCAAUUUCUUUUGGAAACCGAUGGUUCACCGAUAUUGGCUUUGCCAUGCUUCGAGGCGUGAUCGAUCUUAGCUUUUACGAUAUUGAGCGACAAUUCAUCGACAGGGGACUUUUAGAGUAUUGUAUUUGAAUACGCACGAACGCGUACACAAUUCUCUGCGCGACAAGAGGACCGAAUUCGCGACAAUUCACAUCCGUACUCUUCCGUAAGCGUCAGGCUGUGUUCCCACGUGUGCAACGCCUACGAGAACUAAAAUAGCAAUGUACAAAGUUUAUCUUCGGAGCUUUAUGAAUGACUUUAAAGGUUGAGUCCAGGGACGAAGCGAAAGAUUUUAAUGCCUGAGGCUGAGGUACUUGAGCGUGAUUGGGCUGCGACACAUGAGCGACGCUGAUGGUCAACAAAAAUUAUUAUAAAAUUGAGCUAGUACUAGAUGAUAACGUAUCGAAUAUGAUGCGAUUCAUCUGAAAAUAAAUGCGAGGAAUCGAGAUAAUACGCGUAUUAAACGCCUUCGUAAGUCUGUAAACCUUCUUGUACUAAAAAAUCGACUUAGGGUUAGGUUUGUUCGCUCGCGUCUUAUUAGAAUCGUAUAAAUCCAUGCGAGAUACCAAAUUGAGUAAAGUAGAAAUCACAAAAUUAUGUCACACAUAAAAGUGAACAAUUUAGAAGGAGAAAACAUUUUUUUAGAACUUUGUAUAGAUAAAGGAAUAUUAAGAAUAUUAAAGGAGUAUUAUUACUUUUUAAUAAUGUAACGAAUAAACACGUGACAUCAUUUUUCACAUCCAUGUCUUUGAGAAAAUGUUAAGUACAUUGCAUGUACUUGUAAUACUUGUAUAAUUCAUUUGUACCUUAUUCGUACUUUUUAUAAACUUAAUACGCUUGGUGUAAACGCAAUUGAAUUAUACACGCUUAGUGUUUAGUGCGUGCUACUUUAGUUAGCAUAAAAAAAAAAGAAAAAAAAAUUAGUAUGGUGUAAACGAAGUCAUUGUUUUAGACGCGAGCAUUCAUACCAAUGGAAACGCUCUGCUAGCGCUUGCAGUUUUGUUGUAAGCGUCGCUUCUGCGUGAACCCGUAACGAGAGUCAGGUAUUAAAGGGUAUGGUUGCUUUUAAAUCGUACGACAAACGGUCUAGGGUCAGAGAUGGACAAAGUUCUUAUUCAAAUAAUAAUUUCGAUCAACGAAUGAAAGAUGAAUCGUUUCUUCGUUACUUGUUAUUAAAUAAAAAUUAAACGUCGAAUUGUAAAAUGAAAUAUAUCACAACGAACAACUAAACGAAUAAGCGUAAAGAACAAACCGUGAUGUAAAAGCAAAAGUCGUGUAUUUCCAUUCGUGAUAAAUUAUACGAAUAAAAUUUCACCCAUCUCUGUUCUGGAUCACGUUUUACGCUAAAGUCUGCACACGUGGGAAUGCGGCCUAGAGAUUUACAGAAACGAAGCAAGAGCUCUCUUCCCCACCUUGUUUACUGCACACGAGCGAGUGCGCAGCCUACGCGCGCACGCACGCUUUGCCCUACACCCCUUUUCAACCCCUUCUCGACGAUACCGUCCUCUGCUCUUCUCUCGAACGUGCGAAAGGCGAGAGCAGCGACGUUAAACGCCACGAGACGCUCGCGUUUAUCUUUUUCGAAAAGAAAAUCGAGAACGAGAGAGCCAUUUAAUAGAAAGGACCAAAAAACUCGAUAAAGAUUAAGAAUUACGCGAAGUAAGAAAGAAAAACGGUGGGAGCGACGCGGAAUCAAUCCCCGUUCCGUGAAGGGAACGGUGUUCGGUGACGAUUAUCCGUCCAUCUACGUUAAAAAAAAAAAAAAAAGAAAUUUUCAAGAAUCCUUCGUGAGCGACAGUCAGGUUUAACUGGAAACGCGUGAAAGCCAAAAGGAGCUUCUCGCGAAGGUGCCGAACACCGUUGUCUGAACACUGAGAUGGGCAAAAUUCUUAUUUAGAUAAAAAUUUUCGAGUAAAAAGAUAAGCAACUUUUAAAAUGUGUUACACGUCGGAGAUUAGACAAGUUUAAUUUAUAGAAUUCAAAUUAUAUUUCAAGGUGAACAAAUAAAAAAAAAAGAAGAGAAAGAAAAAAGAUUUCAAUGACCAUCGAUCGAAUAAACGUUUGCGAACAGAUCGUUGCACGUUGUUUUUUUUAUUCGUCGUCUGCUAGUCGAAUAAAAUUUUGCCCUGAUCGAGGCCUGAACGAGGCAGGCCCUGGCAUUGCCCUCGAGAAUAAGCAAACCUCGAGGUGGAUGCGCGGUGCAACAAACGAGACGUCUUUCGACGGGACGUCACGUUUCCUUACAAUUAGAUACACGUAUGUACGUACGUGACCAGUUACACCAACGGACACCCCCACAUUGCGGACCAUAGCCUAAUCGAUUAGGCGAUUUCUUCGAUCGACGUUAUUACAUACAUAUGUAUAUCCCUUGUACGUACCUGUGCGCGUUGUUAUAUUAUUCGUAUAAUAUCGCGCCGAUUUUAUUGUCUCUUCUUGUUAGCGUAUCGAACAUCGUUAAUUGCGUGCCGAUCGUUACUGUCAGAAAAAAAAGAAUGAUUUCUCGAUAUUGUCAUCGGGACGGGAGAACGCGUGGAGGCAAUCGGAAGUGCGAAACGAAUAUUUGCCAACCGAUCCCGAUUAUCCUCGUGCCACGAAGGACACCGCCAGCGAUGACAAUGAAUACGAUACCGACCAACACACACCGUUACGAUGAUAACCACUACGGACAUUCCAUUCGUUUCUAUUUGUAUUUCUAUAUCUGUACGUAUGUCCAAUAUAUCUGGAGAAAAUCUUCAA